AUGGACCCCAACACCGUAAAUCCAAGCCAGCUCUUCAGCGUGGAAGGAAUGGUUGUAGUCAUUACUGGAGGUGGAACUGGAAUUGGUCUGAUGAUGACAAAAGCAUUCGCCAACAAUGGAGCUGCCAAGGUGUAUAUUGUGGGAAGACGAAAGGAGAAGCUCGAAGAGGCCGCCAGGGAUGCAUCGCCUUAUGGGAAUGUCAUUCCAAUUGUUGGGGACGUCACAUCGAAAGAAUCACUGGCAAAGGUCGCGGAACAGGUGAAACGCGARACCGGCUUUGUCAACCUGCUUUGCUGUAACAGCGGAGCGUAUCCAAAACCAAUUGGAGUCAAUUCCAGCGAUGUCUCCCUGCAGGAAUUUGCAGCCAAAUGUCUUGAGCAAGAACCCGAAGAUUGGAACAACGGCUUCUCUACCAACACAACAGCUGUAGCAUUCACAGCCUUCUCAUUCCUCGAACUUUUAGACGCCGGCAACAAGCAAAACAACUGUCCGGGUCGUAGGAGUCAAAUUCUCGUUACGAGCUCCGUCGCUGGCUUUCUAAGAAACCCAACUACGAUAGGAGUCUAUCCUUUGACGAAAGCGGCAGUCACUCACUUGGUCAAAUAUCUCUCCGGAGCGCUAAUACCUUACUCGAUCCGCGURAAUGCAUUGGCUCCAGGACUUUUCCCAAGCGAUCUCGCCGCAUCCUUGAUCGCGAAAGGGGGUGAGACCCAGCAGGAUCCUUCUACCGAGGGAGCAUUUCCGAAGAGCUUCCAGCCCUCUACACGGUUGGGCUCCACGGCUGAUAUGGCUGGGACGGUAUUGUAUAUGGCGUCUGCUGCCGGUGCCUUUCUCAAUGGGUGCAUCCAUCUCAUUGAUGGCGGAAAACUUGGCCAAUUGCCAGCGACGUACUGA